UUCAAGCAACAACACAAUUAAAUUAUUAGAUAUUUUUAGUGAAAGAAAGUGUAUAGUGAUCUCUAAUAUUUCUUCUCAAUAUAUAAAUAUAAUAUGAUGAUUAAUUCUCUACUCAUUAUCACUGUGUUAGUCUCCAUAUUAUUUUUGAUUAAAAUUGUAGAUGAAUGUGAAGCCAAUAAUAAUACAACCUUUGACAAUAACUAUGUGAUUACAUAUGGAAAUGAUCAUUUCAUUCAACUCAACCAAGGACAAGAAGUUCAGCUUACAAUGGACAAUACUUCAGGAACGGGGUUUAGAUCAAAGAAAGGUUAUGGUUCAGGGUAUUUUGAGAUGAGGAUUAAGACACCACAAAGUCAGUCUCCAUCAAUUGUCACUACAUUUUAUUUGGGAAAUAAAUGUGAUGAGUCAAUGUCCAACUGUGGUCACAGUGAAUUGGACUUUGAAUUUUUGAGCACAGAAGGCCCUCCUUACAAUUUACAGACUAAUGUUUACUCAAACGAUUAUGGAGGCAGAGAACAACAGAUUCAUCUUUGGUUUGACCCAAGUCAAGAUUUUCAUUCUUAUGCAAUUCUUUGGAAUACUCAUCAAAUAGUGUUUUUUGUGGACAAUACCCCCAUAAGGGUGUAUAAAAAUUGGACCAACUAUGGUGUAAAUUAUCCAGGAAAUGAAAUGUUUAUCUCAGCAAGUAUAUGGGAGGGAACAUGGGCUUCAAAUGGAACUGGUGCAGAUUGGGCCAAGGCCCCAUUUCAGGCCCAUUAUCAAGAGUUUGAGAUCAAUGGCUGUGAAUACGGUACAACUGACUGUUCUGCUGCAAAUGCAACGUUUUGGUGGAAUAAGAAACAAAAAUGGGCCUUAAACCCAAGACAACAAAGAUCCUAUGAUAAUGUUAAGGCAAAGUACCUUUAUUAUGAUUAUUGUCAAGAAAAAGGAAGUGCCUUUAAGGAAUGCCAACUAAAUCAUUGAUCUAAUUUUGGUUUGGCUAAUUAAUGUUCUUUGAUUUUUUUAUUU